UAUAAAGGAACAGUCUUUGCACUUGAAAACGUUCACUCAAUUCACAAAGAAGAAUGAGUUCAUCAUCAUCAUCAAAAGCCCUGAUCAAAACCCUGAUCAAUAACCCAACACGCAUCAAAUCCAAACACCAAGCCAAGCAGCUCCACGCCCAGUUCCUCCGAACCCAAUCACUCUCCCACACAUCAGCCUCCGUCGUCAUCUCCAUCUACACCAACCUCAAACUCCUACACGAAGCCCUGCUUCUCUUCCGCACCCUCGAGUCUCCUCCCGUCCUCGCAUGGAAGUCAGUCAUCAGAUGCUUCACCGACCAGUCCCUCUUCUCUCGCGCAUUGUCUUCCUUCGUCGAUAUGCGAGCUUCCGGGAGAUGCCCAGAUCACAAUGUCUUCCCUUCGGUCUUGAAAUCGUGUACGAUGAUGUCGGAUUUGAGGUUGGGUGAGUCUGUUCAUGGGUAUGUUGUUAGGCUUGGGUUGGGUUGUGAUUUGUAUACUUGCAAUGCGCUUAUGAAUAUGUAUGCUAAGCUUCAAGGGAUGGGUUCCAAGAUUAGUGCAGGUAAGGUGUUCGAUGAAAUGCCUCAGAGAAUAUUAGAUGGUGAAACUAUGAGUAAUGCUCUGCCUUCAGGGAUAGAUAGUGUGAGGAAAGUUUUUGAAUUGAUGCCUAGAAAGGAUGUGGUUUCUUGGAACACGAUCAUUGCAGGGUAUGCACAGAGUGGAAUGUAUGAAGAUGCUUUGAGGAUGGUUAGGGAGAUGGCAAAUGAGGAUAUAAAGCCUGAUGCUUUCACUUUGUCUAGUGUUCUUCCGAUUUUUUCAGAGUAUGUAGAUGUUAAAAGGGGAAAAGAGAUUCAUGGGUAUGUGAUUAGGAAAGGGAUUGAUGCUGAUGUGUAUAUUGGGAGUAGCUUGGUUGAUAUGUAUGCUAAAAGUGCUCGGAUUGAAGAUUCGGAGAGAGUGUUUUCUCACUUGUUGAGACGUGAUAGUAUCUCGUAUAACUCGCUUGUUGCCGGGUAUGUACAGAACGGUAGAUAUAACGAGGCUUUGAAGUUGUUCAGGCAAAUGGUGACCGCAAAGGUUAGGCCGGGACCUGUGGCUUUCUCGAGCGUGUUGCCUGCUUGUGCUCACUUAUCCACCUUGCACCUUGGGAAACAACUUCACGGGUAUGUGUUGAGAGGUGGCUAUAGCGAUAACAUAUUCAUAGAUAGCGCGCUUGUGGAUAUGUACUCCAAAUGUGGGAGUAUUAAGGCUGCUAGGAAGAUUUUUGACAGGAUGAAUGUACAUGACGAAGUUUCAUGGACGGCUAUUAUUAUGGGGCAUGCGUUACAUGGUCAUGGGCAUGAAGCAGUUUCCUUGUUCGAGGAAAUGAAACUGCAAGGAGUGAAACCAAAUCAUGUGGCGUUUGUUGCUGUGCUAACUGCUUGUAGUCACGUUGGGUUGGUAGAUGAGGCGUGGGGAUAUUUCAACAGCAUGACUGAGGUAUACGGUUUGAACCAUGAGUUGGAACAUUACGCAGCUGUAGCUGAUCUUCUUGGCCGUGCGGGGAAGCUGGAAGAAGCGUAUGAUUUCAUUUCAAACAUGCGUGUUGAGCCUACGGGUAGCGUCUGGUCUACGUUACUGUCUUCUUGCAGCGUUCACAAGAAUCUUGAGCUAGCGGAGAAGGUGGCGGAGAAGAUAUUCGCUGUUGAUUCUGAAAACAUGGGAGCUUGUGUGCUGAUGUGCAACAUGUAUGCAUCUAACGGGAGAUGGAAAGAGAUGGCGAAACUGAGGUUGAGAAUGAAGAAGCUAGGAAUGAGGAAAAAGCCAGCUUGUAGUUGGAUCGAGUUCAAAGACAAGACUCAUGGUUUUGUCUCAGGGGAUAGAUCGCAUUCGAGUAUGGAGAGAAUCAAUGAGUUUCUUGAAGCUGUAAUGGAACAGAUGGAGAAAGAAGGGUAUGUUGCAGACACAAGCGGAGUGCUUCACGACGUGGAUGAGGAGCAUAAGAGGGAGCUUUUGUUUGGACACAGCGAGAGAUUAGCUGUUGCGUUUGGUAUCAUCAACACAGAGCCUGGCACGACGAUAAGGGUCACUAAGAACAUAAGGAUAUGCAGGGAUUGUCAUGUUGCUAUCAAGUUUAUUUCGAAGAUCACAGAGAGAGAAAUUAUCGUGAGGGAUAAUAGCAGAUUCCAUCAUUUCAACCGUGGAAGCUGUUCUUGUGGAGACUAUUGGUGAGAGAGUAAGUGUAUCGUGUUUGUUCGGAGUUAGAAUGAUAAGCGAUAAAAAGCUUCCAUUACAGUGAUUGUAGUGUUGAGAGUUAAAGAAAUGUGAAAAGAUAUUCUAUGUAUUUUAAAAUCAACAUAUGUUUUGCUUCGAUA